CUGGCGUUUUCCUCAACACGCCACAGGCAGCGAAGGCGGCGAGGCGGCAGUGGGAGCGCCACGCGGAGGCGCCUCCUGUGCCCGGCUGCCGCACAUCGCUCCGCUUUCCCCAAAGGACGCAGCGCAGGCUCUAGGGGCGGCGGGGCCAGAGAGGGACUCCGCGCCCCCGCGCGUUCCCGCCGCGCCCCCAUGUGCCGGCGACGGGCCCCGCCACCAGGCCCUGCGCGCGCGCCCCGGCAGCGGCCCGGUGUGCGCUAAGCAGCGGCGGCCCGCGGCGCCGGCGCGGCGCCGGCGCUGUGGAGGGGCCGGGCCCGCCAGAGGUUUGUCCUCGCGCGAGCGCCGUCCGCGGCCGGCGCCGGAAGCGCGCGCGAUGGGCGAGACCGUCUCCAAGAGGCUGAAGCUGCAGCUGGGAGGCGAGGCCGAGAUGGAGGAGCGGGCGUUCCCCAACCCCUUCGCGGACUACGAGCCCGCCGCCGCCGCACUCGCCUCCGCGGCGGCCGAGGGCACGGGCUGUGCUCGGCCGCUGGCCACCGCGGACGAGCCCAGCCUGCCCUUCCACCCCGACGGGAAGAUCAUUCAAAAUUUCACAAGACAAAUCCAGACCAAAAUCAAAGAUCUUCUGCAGCAGAUGGAAGAAGGCUUGAAGACAGCUGAUCCCCAUGACUGUUCAGCAUACACUGGUUGGACAGGCAUAGCCCUUUUGUACCUGCAGUUGUACCGGGUCACCUGUGACCAGACUUAUCUGCUCCGAUCCCUGGAUUAUGUGAAGAGAACCCUUCGGAAUCUGAGUGGCCGCAGAGUCACUUUCCUCUGUGGAGAUGCCGGGCCCCUUGCUGUAGGAGCGGUAGUUUAUCAUCGACUCAGAAGUGAUUGUGAGUCCCAGGAAUGUAUCACAAAACUUCUUCAGCUGCACAGAACUGUUGUGAGCCAGGACUCAGACCUUCCUGAUGAGCUGCUGUACGGGCGGGCUGGCUACCUGUAUGCCUUGCUGUACCUCAACACGGAGAUUGGCCCUGGCACUGUGUGUGAGUCAGCCAUUAAGGAGGUAGUUGAUGCUAUCAUCGAAUCAGGUAAGGCUUUGUCGAGGGAAGAAAGGAAAGCUGAGCGCUGUCCCCUGUUGUACCAGUGGCACAGGAAGCAGUAUGUUGGCGCAGCUCAUGGCAUGGCUGGAAUUUACUAUGUGUUGAUGCAGCCAACAGCAAAGGUAGACCAAGAAACAUUGAUGGAAAUGGUGAAACCUAGUAUUGAUUAUAUACGCCACAAAAAAUUCCGAUCUGGGAAUUACCCAUCAUCACUGAGCAAUGAGACGGAUCGACUGGUGCACUGGUGCCACGGAGCCCCAGGGGUGGUGCACCUGCUGAUGCAGGCAUACAAGGUCUUUAAGGAGGAGAAGUACUUGAAGGAAGCCAUGGACUGCAGCGAUGUGAUCUGGCAACGGGGCUUGCUCCGGAAGGGCUAUGGGAUCUGCCAUGGAACUGCUGGAAAUGGCUACUGCUUCCUGUCCCUCUACCGCCUCACACAGGACAAAAAGUACCUCUACCGGGCCUGCAAGUUUGCAGAGUGGUGUCUGGACUAUGGAGCUCAUGGGUGCCGCAUUCCUGACAGGCCCUACUCCCUCUUUGAAGGCAUGGCUGGUGCAGUUCACUUCCUCUCUGACAUCCUGGUGCCAGAAACAUCACGGUUUCCAGCAUUUGAACUUGGCUCUUCACAGAGGGAUGAAAAGGUACAAAAAGACACGUAAAAUACCAGCCUGCUUCAUGCCUGACCCAGAACCAGCUAUGAAUCUGGAAAGAAAGGACAAGAAGCAGAUACUUGGCACAUCCCCCUUCCUCACAGAGACCCUGCGUCAGAGCAUGACCAACAGAAACCCUACCAUUCACGUCCUGUGUCCCCUUGCCAUGUGCAACAUGAGUUCUCCACACCCAGA